CGCCCGUAGUAAACAAAGCGAAAUCACCAACAAUACAACGGAGUAUCGUCGAUAACGUCUUUAUCUGACGCUAUACGCCGAUAAGAAUUUCACCGUGUGUCCGGCAAGAAUAACUUCACAGUUCUGACACAACUGCCAACGAAAAUGUUCAGGUUUUCAAUAAGUAUUUUGGCUCUUAUUAUACAAAGAUGCAGUGUGAAUAGUGCGGACGUGUGUAACAGUGUUGAUUUCUGCGCAUGCCGCGAUAACAAUGACGAGACACAAGAUUAUCUAGGGGACGGUGUCGACUGCUCUUAUCGAGGGCAGAAUGUUCUGUCUACAGAACUCACGCUACCAGAUGUCACAUAUUCACUGGAUCUAUCCUCGAACAACAUAUCUCAACUGGAAGCAUCGAACCUACUAAAAUCUACAACACUAGUCGAGUUGUCUUUGAAGAACAACGCUCUGAAAGAGAUACCUUCCAAUGUACUGAAAUUAUCGGCGCUUAAAUGGCUGGACUUGAGCUAUAACCAGCUGGAAUUCAUCGACAAAGAUGCUUUCAACGACUCGAGAAAAAUACAACAUUUAAACUUGGCCAACAACAAACUAGUGACACACGAGAAACUCUGCUUCAAUCACUUGAGUAAUUUAAAUGAACUCAUUUUGGACAAUAAUGAUUUGGGGAAGGGUCUUCUUGCAGCUAGUCUGUUCGACAGAAGUGGCUUCGGUUUGACUCACAAAAUCCAAAGGUUGAGCAUCAGCGGAGUAAACUUAAACCAUGUACCCGACAAUUUUUUUUCAGACGCGUACGAUAUCCGUAAGCUAGUGAUAUCCAACAACAAUUUGAGAGACAUAUUCGAGUUACCUUUCACUUUGGAGUAUUUGGAUCUGUCGGAUAAUCCUAUAACGGAAAUAUCCGACGAGGAUUUCGCCGAUGUGCCUGGAUUGAAAGUUCUGAAACUCAACAAUUUGUGGAUAAAAGAGGUCCCAGAGUACGUGUUUAUGCCGUUGCAUGGUUUAGUCGAAUUGGAACUUGAGAGGAAUAAGAAUUUGACUGUGUUCCAUUCGUUGGCGUUUGGAAUGGAAGUUUUAGAUGAUGCUGAUUACUUCGUCCUGGAAGGGUUGUCUUUGAAGGGGUCCAGAUUGACAAGGUUGGAUAAAGAACUGGCUGAGCCACUAGGGCAGUUGAGCUGGCUCGAUUUACAGGGAAAUCCUUGGGUAUGCGACUGCAACAUGUUGUGGAUAAGGAAUUUGCAAAUACAGCCGGAAUAUCAAGAACGUUUAAGGUGUGGAUCACCGAAGCCAUUCUUCAACAGCAAGAUAUUCGAACUGGAUGCGAAAUACUUCACUUGCACUCAAAUAAGUGACCACCAUAUUGGCCUGGCGCUCGCCGGAGUAGCGUUCUGUGUGUUACUCACCGGAAUAGCGCUAUGGUUCUUUGUUUUCAUACCCCGAUACCAAUCUAGGGGUCAUUGUCUAGCUAAUUUACACGCACCAACUGCCGCGUAUACAAUACUACCUGUACAUAGUCAUAGGACUGAAUUUUAACC